CCUAUCUCAAAUUUGUAAACUACUCAACUCUAAUCGACGAUAUUCAUUACAAAUUUAACAACAACCGGCGUGAUAUUGCAAUUAUUUAGUCUUAAACAAACGUUGAGAAAAAAUGUUGUUUUCCGUUUUGGUGUGUCUUCUGGUCACAGUUUUUCUUUAUUACAAAUGGACAUUCAAGUACUGGCAACGAAGAAAUAUACCAUGGCUAGAACCAAGUUUACCUUUCGGUAACUUGAGUAACCCUUUCAACCGUCAAGAAAAUUUAGGGAUAACAGUUAAAAAAUUCUACAAGGAAAUGAAGCAACGUAAGUGGAAACAUGGAGGAAUCUUCUUUCUUGUAAGUCCAGUCUAUUGUGUCGUCGAUUUGGACUAUGUGAAAAAUAUAAUGAGUCGGGAUUUCCACUAUUUCACCGAUCGUUCGAUUUACUUCAACGAGAAAAACGACCCUCUUAGUGCCCAUUUGUUCGCAAUCGGGGGUCAAAAAUGGCGCAAUUUGCGAACUAAACUAACCCCGACUUUCACUUCCGGUAAAAUGAAGCAAAUGUUUCACACAUUGCUCGAAUGUGAAAGCAAUUUGUUAAAAAGAAUCGCCAAAGAAUGCCACAGUCCAAUAAACAUUAAAGAAAUUUUGAGUUGCUUCACCAUUGACGUCAUCGGUUCAGUCGGUUUUGGCCUCGAAUGCAAGACUUUUGAAGAUGAGGAUUCGCCUUUCCGCAUUUACGGGAAAAAAGUCUUCAAGGAUUCGGUUUUGAGGAGCCUGAAACGUGUAUUUCUCACAUCGAAUUUCCCGGAUUUGGCCCGGAAACUGGGCGUUUUGGCGUUUCCGUCUGACAUAACCGAUUUUUUCUUGAAGGUUGUAACCGAUACGGUUAGGUACAGGGAGGAGAAUCACCACACGAGGAGUGAUUUUUUGCAACUUUUGAUUGAUAUGAAAAAUAAUGAAACGCUGACGAUUGAAGAAAUUGCUGCACAGUGUUUUGUUUUUUUCUUGGCCGGUUUUGAGACGUCUUCAACCACAAUGACUUUUGCUCUUUACGAACUUGCGAAAAAUCAAGAAAUUCAAAGUAGAGUAAGAGAAGAAAUUGGUGCAGUUUUGAAGAAAUACGACGGGAAAAUCACUUAUGAGGCGAUUCAUGACAUGAAAUACAUGAAUCAAGUUAUUGAUGAAACGUUGAGGAAAUACCCAGCAACGACAGUCAUUACCAGGACUUGUGUCAGGGAUUAUGGAAUUCCUGAUCAGGAUGUGAUAAUUCCAAAAGGGACCUCGGUUUUAAUCCCAGUUUUGGGAAUUCACCACGAUGAGGAAUAUUACCCAAAUCCGGAAAAAUUCGACCCGGAGAGGUUUACUCAGGAAAAUAAAGCUGCAAGGCAUCACUAUGCCCAUUUGCCAUUUGGCGAAGGACCACGAAUUUGUAUCGGAUUGAGAUUCGGAUUAAUGCAAAGUAAAGUCGGUUUAACUUCAUUGCUGAAAAAUUACAGAUUUACAGUUAAUGAGAAAACAAAAGAACCGCUUAAAAUGCAAGUAAGGUCGUUGAUUUUGGCGGCCGAGGGGGAAAUUUGGUUGGAUGCUCACAAGUUAUAAAAAAGUUAAUUUUUUUCAUAACCGUGUAUGUAAUGUUGAGUUUUCUAACCUUGACGGAGGUUGGAAAGUGACUCAUUAGUGACCUUCUGUUACUACCCUCGUUUUCUAGACCCCUUUUGAUCACAAUUAAACACAUUUAUUGCAAUGACGACAGAAAUAACUACACGAUCGACGAGUCAAACUUUUUUUAAAACUUUUUCAUUAUUAUUAAAUAUGCGGUUGUGAAUAAAAUUGUUUGCAAAACUUGGGGGAAAGUUUCAUUUCUGCUUCAAUGCAACCGUUUCGGUAAACUUUCUAAUCUUUCGACAGAAAUGAAACACUUUACACCUCGGUGUGUAUUUUACUAUUUGUCUUUUGUUAUUGUAUAUGGUUUCACAAAAAAAAGUUCAAAAUUUUAGUCCAUAUCAAGUAUUUAUGUAAUUUAAUAAAUUGA